AUGCACUCGCACUCGGACUAUACGGUAUAUCCUCGCAGAGAGCUGAGAGUGGAAGAGGGAUGCAGGGAAAAGAGGAGAGAAGGAGAGACAGUGCCAUCCGAUUUAAACGUCAUCGAUCUAAAAGUAUAUCUACCAUAUUUUGACCAUCAACAGCAUGGUGUGCUGAUCUAUGGUUCCUUGGUUCACCAUAAAGGGACUAUUUCCACUGCCGUCGGCGACGAUAAGACAGGUGCUAAGCUAUGCCAGGCGGUGCGAUGCUGCAUCGGCGAUGAGGUGAAGAUUUCAAAAUCCGCCAAUAAGAGAAGCCCGCAACGGAGUAUUUUCAAUCGUCUGUACGGUCGCUGGGCGAUAUUCCUCCGUCGUCCUGGGAACGGCACCGGACCGAUAGGUGAAGGCGAACGGAUAGGUGGGUUCGCAGAGCAUAUUUCUGGCCGAAGUCACGAGAUACGAUUUUACGGGCGGUGA